AUGCUGUCGCUGCUACUUGUCUACGCUGCCAUCUUUAUCCUGCGUUGCACUAAUGUGGCCAUCGCAGGGAAAUACCCGGUGGGGCCUAACAGAUUCUUGGGCACCUGCCUCGAUUCAGCGUGGGUGACGAAGAUGGAAGCUGAGAAGGGAGUCUCCAGCCAAGAACGUGACUCCAGCGGACGACUUGUUCACCCGUUCAUGCAGGCAGCACUCAAGUAUCCUCGAUACACAGUUGAUGAUCCGCGAACAGCAGCAGGAACGGCGUACACGGAUGCAUGUUUGGGAAAUGGGGUCUUCUAUGGAGCCAACCAGCCAUCGGACGGCUCAAGUCGUGGUGAAGUGAAAGGAACGCUUUCCAUUGAUGUGGGUGACUGGGACUCCCAUGUAUUGGCUUCAAUGGUGGCGGCGGUUGUUGCAGAAGAAGUGAUUGGCUACAAGGUCUCUCUGAAUUAUGGCGGCCCGACUGCAGAAAUCACGAUGCGCAUGUCGUCUGCAAAGACAGGAAUUUGCACUCCGACCCACUUCAAUGUUGAAACUUGGCCCUCCAGCUCCAUGUCCAGGCUACGAGUUUACUUCAACGAGAGCUACUUGAUCGGUGGCGUUGGAUACUUUGGCGGCACUGGACUGUACACCACUCACCAGUUUGUGCUCGAUGCGGCCGCGGCAACACCUCCCUACUUCCCGGGUUUCUGGAUGGACUACAAAAUGACUGAUACCCUUAUCAACAGACAUAUUCAAGGCCUCCAAAAAUCAGAGGCCUGUACGCAGCGUGAAGCUGCUGGAAAAGUGUGUUUGGUCGUCGCUAUGAUGUAUCCGCGAUACGAUCGUGGCUACUUCCAGGCUGUGGUCUCCAAUCUCGGAAUUGCUGCCUACUUUUGCUUCAUCGGAUACGACGGAGUGAACCAAUACGCGCACGAUGCGGCAAAGAACGGCACCCCAGUGAUCUUUAUCCAUUGGGAGCCGGAAAUCUUCCACGUGACACACAAGGGACUAUUUGACCGAAUAUUCCUGCCACGAACAGAUCCUGAACGUGUCAAACUGUCGACAGCAGACUACGGUGAGAACGGAUACGGUAAGAAGACGAAUAACCCCGUGGAUGUGGAUUAUCCAAACCUUCAGCCCAUCAAAUUUGCUGCUUCUAUCGUGAAGAAUCAACCCGCAGGCUCACUGUUCUCUAAAUUCUCGCUUGGGGAUGCAGACAUCAACAAUGUAAUGACUGAGUAUGUAACAGUAUCUAGCGACACGACUGAACCAUCCCCGUAUUUUCGAGCGGCAUGCAACUGGUCAAGUGACCGGUUGUGGUAA